AUGUCUGUCGCCAAUGCCGGAAUCAUAGCUGCGGCCACCGCACCAGAGGCAGAAGACCCCAAGAAGGAUGUUGAAAUCAACAGCCCAAGCGAUCUCGAAGAAGAUCGGCCAGUCGCCCCAGACCAGUUCGAUCCGAAAUAUGAGACUUCGAAUUGGGAGCGUUGGGCCUAUUAUGCCUACUACAUUGGAAACAAUGGAUUGACCCUCUUCAAUUUUGCGCCAACGUCAUUUCAGGACUUGCUGUACGAGGCCGCUGGUGACAGCGAGAGGCUGCAAUUUUUGGGUGCCUUCCGCACCAUAAACAGCAUCGUCUUACUCGCAAACGGCAUAUCCUUCGCCAUUCAAGUGGCUUUGUUCCUGUUGAUUGGCAGUUUGGCAGAUUACGGAAAAUGGCGGCCAUACGUGCUCGUCUUUUGGUCGAUUGUUGCUUUUGCGUUAGGUUUUGGCUGGCUGGGAGUCCACACCCAAGACAAAUGGCCAGCUGCAACGGGGCUUUACAUGGUUGGUUUGAUUGCAUAUCAGAUGUGCAUCACCUUCUGGACGGCCGCUUUUCCCGGGCUGGCGAGGAAUACGCCUGAAAUGAGGGAGAAGGCGGUGCAAUAUGAGAACAGAGAGAUCAGCAGAGACGAAUACGACUUUGCCGACAUGAUGGAGCGCAAUCGCAUUUACAACGUCGCAUUUAUCAUGCAGAGUGCUGGGGAAAUCGUCAUCCUUGCUGUACUUGUCGGAAUACUGUUCGCCUUGAACGUCAACGCCAGCGCCGCGAACAAUCUGUGGGGCCUGUCAGUGCUCAUCGCAUAUGCAACCGGUGUUUGGAUCGUGCUUGCGAUUCCCUGGUUCAUUCUGGAGAAGCGACGACCUGGUCAAGCACUCCCUGCCGGGACCAAUAUCAUCAGCGUUGGCUUCUGGAAUAUCUGGCGUGCCUUGUGCCAGAUCUGGGAGUUAAAGCAGAGCUUACUGUAUCUUGUCGGAUAUUUCCUGCUGGGCGAUUCUUUGAACACGACGGUCACCGUGAUUGCUACUCUGCAAAACUCGGUUGUCUCCUACAACACUUUGACACUAACCUACCUGCUCAUUGUGGGAAUUGCGGCUCAGGGGGCCGGCAUUCUCAUUUACUGGCUCAUUCAAAAGCGCUACGGACUUAGCACCAAAACAAUGUUUGACGCCGUCAUGAUUGGAAUCCUACUGCUUGACGGUUGGGGCAUGAUUGGAAUAUGGACGCAGGCGUUCGGUUUUCAUAACGAAUGGGAAUUCUGGUUAUACCAAGUCUUUUACGGCUUGUUUGUGUGCCAGUGGUACGCAUACUCUCAGACGAUGAUCAGCGAGGUCACUCCCCGCGGCAAAGAGUUUUUGUUCUUCAGUCUUUAUUCCAUCAUGGGAAAGACAAGCGCAUUUAUCGGGCCGAUUGUGAGCAGCGCCAUUAUCGAUGCAGAUCCGAAGGGGAACAACAGUCUGCCUUUUUAUUUCCUGUUUGGGCUCACCGGCUUGAGUUUCCUGCUAUUGUUCUUCUUCGUGGACUUGAAAAAGAGCAGGAGAGAGCAGGAGAGGUUUUUACAAAAAGAGGAGGCCGCGAAGCAACGCCGUGCAAGCAUUAUCAGCCAAGGACGACCGAUUGAAGACGAGGUGAGCUUCGAUGGGGACAGCCAAGCCCAGAAGAGCGACAAACUCAAGUCAUAA